AUCCCACUAUUCCUAAAAACCACUCAACUUCUCUUCAUCUUCAAGUUCCCUAAAAGAAAAAAACUAACUCAAAUCCCAAUUCUCUCUCUUCCCCACAAUGGAAACUGCCAUUUCUCUCAGAUUUUUCAUCUCACUCACGGCGGUUCUCCUCCUUUUUCCAGCCGGAUUUUCAUCCCUUCCGGUAGCCGAUCGCCGGAUCUCCGCCGGCGCAAAGUACCAAAUUGAAUGCACAAUGUGCUCUGCUUGUGACAAUCCCUGCGGUCAGUAUCUCUCUCCGCCGCCUCCUCCUCCGCCCGUCAACUGCCCACCGCCGCCUUCUCCUCCCAGCUCCGGCACUUACUACUAUUACUCACCGCCGCCGCCAACACAACCCACCUACACUUACUCCUCCCCACCACCGCCGCGUGGAAUCAACGGCGGCGGAUACUACCAACCCCCGCCAUACAAUAAUUACCCAGCCCCUCCGCCGCCAAACCCGAUUGUCCCAUAUUUCCCAUUUUAUUACCACACUCCACCGCCGGGUUCCUCCGCCGCCGUCGGCUGUUUGACGAAUUCCUUGGCUUAUUCUGUUCUUACUGUUGCUCUAUUUUCCUUUUUACUUACUCUGUUUUAAAUGCAAAUAACAGCAGACAGAUACUUGCAAUAAUGGCGGAUUUUGCAGAUCUGGGAAAUUGAUGGAGCAAAAUGGGAGAGAGAAAUCGAAAAAGAAAAAAAAAAGGGUUUCGAUCUUCGAAGAAGACGAUGAAAAAUUCACUUCAGGAAUUUGCAUUUUGUUGGGGUAAAGAAAUUUUUUUCUCAUCCCGAAAUUUCCACUGAGUCUCUCUCUUUUUUGGACUCCAUUGUUAUUAGAUUGAUUUGUAAUCUGCUGAUUAUAUAUAAAUUGUAUGUGUUUUUACUUGUAUUCUUAAUUCAAUUCCUCAAAAAACAAAACCAAAAACAAAAUUGUAUGUAUCGAAUCUCUUGUUGUUCCUGUUUGCAUUUAAAUUAGUGUGAUAGAACUGAAUAACAGUGUUGGGGCAGAAUAAUCUUUUUUA